AGGAUUUAAUUGGCUGGCUGCUCGUGUGUAGUGUUCACAGUGUAGGCGCCACCCCACCCAUUAAAACUACAAUCUGCCCGCUCUCUCUAAAGAUACUGUUUUGUUUACGACACGUUGUCUAACUUACUUUGUUUUCCAGCAGCGCUGCAUUCAAGUGAUCUUCACAAUGGACAAAGGCUCUGUGCUGACUCACAUCCUGAAAUCAAAUGACAUGUCGACACUUCUUGGUGGAGAGCUGCCUGUCAGUGUCAUCAGCAACAAUAAGUACAUAUCCCCACUGACUGCUGAAGCUCAGGCGGCAGACAGAAAUGGGGAAGAGGACCCGCCCUCCCUUGAUUGUGCCAUCCACACUGCUCUGUCUGGUGAAAUCAAAUCUGUGAUACUGGUCGGUCCUGAAGGAUCGGGCAAAACCACAGCUUUGGUGAAGCUUGUUAUGGGCUGGGCGAAAGGAGAGCACCUUCAAAAGUUCUCAUAUGUUUUCCAUUUCCGGUUCAGGGAGUUGAAUUCUCUUGAUGGAGCGCUCUCCUUGGAGACAUUAUUGCUGCACCAUCAGAGCCAUGCCCCCCCUGAGUCUGUGCCCCUACUUCUGCAGAAGCCUGAGGAUGUGUUGUUUGUUUUUGAUGAUCUGGAUCGGUACAAACACAGCCUGGAUCCCUCCGUCCACACCCUCUGCUCUGACCCCACCCGGGCAGCCUCGGUGCCCUGUUUAGUGGCCAGCUUGCUCCAUGGGUCGCUGAUGAAAGGAGCUGCCUUUGUGGUGGCAACCAGGCCGACAAGUGGUCUGGAAUUUCUGAGUGGCACCCGUGUGAAGGUGUUGGGGUUUCUGAAGCCACAAAGAGAGGCCUACUUCAGCGGGUUCUUCACAGACCCGGCUGUUGCCAAAAAAGCACUUAUGCACAUGGAAAGGACUUUAGGCUUCUAUGAUGUCUGUGCCUCCCCCAAAUUUUGCUGGACAGUUUGCUCUGUUUAUAAGUCUCUGAUGGAUGCUGGAGCAAAACUUCCUGAAACACUAUCUCAGCUGUGUGUAGACAUCCUGGUCCACCUGAUUCAGACGCUCUCGCUGAACAACGCCAGCAGCAGAGAUCUAGUGUUGGCCCUCGGCAAGCUGGCAUCUCAUUGCUUUCUUAACCAGCAUUCGAGCUGCACCAAAGAGGAAAUGGAUUCCUUUGGUUUCCAGCAGUUUCUUACCUCAGUUGGUGUUUUCUUGCAUGUAGAAGGCGACCAAUCAGAUGUCUUCUCUUUCCGCUCCCAACUGAUGCAGGAGUUCCUCUUGGCUGCGUCUUUCUUUUUGGAUAAGUCACCAUCUGAGGGUGUGGAGAAGAUGUUGGAGAAGCACAAAGGCUGUGUCAAGUUUCUAGAUUUCUUCAUGUCAGGGCUCUCAGAGCCACUUCAGCGCCGACCCUUGGAGAACGUGCUGGGAGAGCUGAACUCGGAUCGGAUUGUGGAUUUCAAAAGCUGGUUUAAAAGCAGCUCAGAAAAGACACUGAAAGAGUGCUACAAAGAAAGGCACCACCGCUGCUUCCAUCUGCUUCAUCAAGCUCAGAGUGAGAGUUUGGUGAAAGAGAUCAUCACCCCCUCAGACCAUCUGGCUUCAGCUCUCAGCAGAGGACUCACCAAGGAGCUGGAUCUCUCUAACAGCCGCCUCGGGGAUGAAAAGUUCAAAAUUCUCUGUGCUGGACUCAGAGACUGCAAGCUGCACACAUUGAAACUUCUAGUGUGCAGACUGACAGAGGGAAUCUGUGAACAUCUGGCGUCUGUCCUGACCUCAGCCACCUCUCAGCUGUCUGUGCUAGAUAUGAGGUGUAAUCAGAUUGGAGACCAGGGCUUCACCACAAUGUGCAAAGCACUGCACAGUCCUCACUGCAAACUACAGGAGCUCAUGCUACAAAACUGCGAGUUGACUGCAGCAUCCAUGGAGGCUUUAUCAGCAGCUGUGUGUUCUGGCCAAUCACAGUUGAGAAAGGUGGACUUGACACAUAAUGUGAUUGGUGAUAGAGGAGUGGAGACUUUGUGCAAGUCCCUGCAACACCCACUCUGUAAACUGCAGAGCCUCAAUUUCUUUGACAGUGAGUUGACUGGUGCGUGCUGUCCUCAUUUGAUGGAGGCCUUGAUGUCAGAGCACUGCUCUCUGACAGAGCUGGAUCUGUCAGUGAAUGAUUUGGGCCAGGAGGGGGCGCUGCUGCUUUGCCAAGCCCUCAGUCGACCAGGAUGUCCAAUGGAAAAACUGGGCUUGAAACGAUGCGAGUUAACCGAGGCAGUCUUUAAGGAGCUGAGCUCUGUGCUGAGGAGUGGCAUGUCUCAACUGAAGUCCCUAAUCGUUGGUAUAAAUGCAGUAGGAGACCAAGGGGUUAAACAUCUCUGGGAUGCUGUUGCACAUCCAAACUGCCUGUUAGAGGAGCUGGAUGUUGAGAUGACCGGUUUGACGGACGCCUGCGUUGAGGACAUGUGUGCUGCAAUAAGAGCCAGUAAAACUCUGAAGAGCCUGGAACUGAGGAACAACACUCUGACUGAUGUUUCCGUCCCAGCCCUCGUCGAAGUCAUGCAGGACAGCCCCAACAUGAAGGAGAUGAACCUGAAGUACAACGAAUUCUCUGAGGAAGUUUUCGACAUGUUGGACGAGUGUGAUACAAUAAGAUACUAAAGUAGGCUGAUCAGUCCAUCGAUCUCACAUACAGUGCUGUGUGGAUCAAUCCAACUGCCCACACACGGAAAAAUAACUUUUUUUGAUAAUCAGCUGUCAUUUAUCAAGCAGUUGCUCCAUAAAGUUUUCAUAGGCGUGGUCAGAUGGUGCCACUGAAAAUCUUGGGGUGGCACUUAAAAAACAAGAAACAAAGCCAUAACUGAAUUUCAGGAAUCUGCUUAUGCUGUGGAAGUAUAUAGAGUUAAGGAAUCACAUACCAAUCGCAUUCUUAAUUUACAGCUUUUAUUACUAAUUAUCUGAGCCCAGUUGUUUCAAAAAAUUCAGUCUGGAGCAGAAUGAACCAGAUUCGGAAAUGUCCCGUGUGUUGCUGUCCAAGAUCAGCUAAUCCAUCUUACUUUUGUGCAGGUUUAACAAAGCAACAUUGGAAUGAAUCACCUUGAUCCAGAUAAAAAAGUUUCAGCAUGACCACUUUUUGCUGUAGAGGGGAUUUUGACAGUUAUUUGAUAACUGAAUGAAUUUAUUUCAUGGGGACAACAACCUUUUUUCCCCUUGUGUUUUAUCUAAUGUCUGCUUUAUCUACUUUACUUACUUUAUCUACUUUAUUAAAUCAAGUGGAAAAUACAAGUAAUUGUGUGUUUAUAUUAGACCAAUUUAAAAGUUUUAUUUUGUUCCCUAAAUCCACCCUGAAUCCACCCUUGUUCUGAUUCAGUCACACUAAAGUUUUGAACAUAUACUGAAUCUUCGAUCCAGAUAAAAACCAAGACUGGAUUAUGUGAUCUGAUCCGAAUUCAGAACCCCCUUUUUUCGUUUUUUAAUAACCCAUUUUCAGGAUUUGAUCCAAUCCGAUAGCCGGAAUCUGAUCAGAUUACUUCUGAACAACUGGGCCCAGAUGUGCAAAGAUGAAUAACGUUGCAGUUAACAUUUUGAGUUCCAUUACAGUCCUGCUUUAAUGUGUUAUGUAUCUAUACAUAUAAGGCAAUUCAUUGUUCUUCAUAUAAUCUGCCUGUCCUUUUCUUUAUGACAACUAUACAACAAAUAUACAGCUUUAAUUUAAAAGGAGUAAAUUCAUUGUAAGGGACAAACAUUUACUGGGAACAAGCUUUCUCAAGUUUAGGGAAGACUCGGAUACGCAUAGAACCCAUUUUCAUUCAGGUAUCUAGAGGUGAGGGUUCUAGGGACCCCUUAAGAAAUGGCGAUGCCAGUUAUUCCUUAGCCAAAAUUUGGCCUAAAUUGGGAGCAUUAUUUAGCCCCUUUCCUGACAACCUAUGUCGACAUAGUUGGUACGAUCACGCAAUCUUAAAAUAUGAGCACACCACAGCCUUUAAAAAACAGUAAUAUAGGCCUUUCCAUUAGUUUCAAGCUUUGGGGCACAUUCACUGAUUCAAGCUUCUCAAAUGUGAAAUUUUAUUUUGGUUUCCCUUCUCCUGUGUGAAAGUAAAUUAAGUAUCUUAAAGGUUUGGACUGUUGGUCUGACAAAACAAGAAAUGUGAUCAGUUCACCUGAAGAAAAUUGCACUUU